GGGAGCGCGCGGGGGAGGUGCCUUCUCCGGGGCUGAGGCCGCGCCUCCGCCGCCCUCUGCCGCAGGAACGCGGGCCUCCGCGACGACAGCGACAUCUUGCCGGGAGAGCUGUGGACCGCGCGCGGGGAGGAGGCGGCGGCGCCAUGUCCCCGGGCAGCGGCGUCAAGAGCGAGUACAUGAAGCGCUACCGGGAGCCGCGCUGGGACGAGUACGCGCCGUGCUACCGCGAGCUGCUGCGCUACCGCCUGGGCCGCCGGCUGCUGGAGCAGACGCACGCGCCCUGGCUCUGGGACGCCUGGGGCUCGGACGACUCGGCGUCGUCGGCCUCCUCGGGGCCCGACGGUGCCGCGCCCCGGUGCGCCCCCGCCUCGCCGCCCCCGGAGUCCCCGGAGCCCGCGGCGCCCGCCGAGCCGGAGGAGCAGGACGCGCCGGACGCGGCUCCUCCAGCACCACCAGCAAAAGACGUCAAAGAAAAACCCGAGGAGAUCAGAACAAGGGAGGCGGACAAAUUACCCAACAGCGUCGAACCUCGACACCAGCCAAGUGCCUUAUUUGCUGCAGAAAAUAGGAAAGCCGUCAAAAGUCCUCAAAGAUCAUCAAGUAAAAUAAAAGAAAACAAGCAUCCCUUUGCUCUCUAUGGGUGGGGAGAAAAACAGACGGAUACGGGGAGCCAGAAAACACACAACGUCUGUGCCUCGGCCCCAGUGCGCGAGAUUCAUGAAUCAGCAUUACGAGCCAAGAACAGAAGACAGGUGGAAAAAAGGAGACUGGUUGCUCAGAGGCAACGUGCACACUCUGUUGAUGUGGAGAAAAACAGAAGGAUAAAGCCUCCUGCCUCAGAGAACCCGUGGCUGACAGAAUACAUGAGAUGCUAUUCAGCGAGAGCCUGACGGAGGACACCGCUGCUCCAACAGCCUCUUUUAAAAAUUGUCAAUGAAAGAAGAAGAAACAAAACAAAAACCAUCAAAUGAACCCAGACCCAGGUUUAAGGAGCCAGCUGGUGAUGCACGGCUUUUCUUAGGGAAUUUCUAGAAGAUUGUUCUAUUUUGAUCAAUCCUGGGUCCCCUACCUUGGCUGUAAGGUGACAGUUGAAGCCAUAAACAUUUGGUUAUUCAUGGAGAUAAUUCCCUAAAUCUUUGAUAGUCUUAUAAGGGUUUUGUUUUAAAGCAUCUUAAUAUUUUAAGACACUGGCACCAAAUGCCUUUAAAUGACUAGAGAUGCUUAAAAUUCAGUAUUCUUUUCCCAUGUGUAGGUGGAGCCUGUCUCCACCCUCUUUCUUCUGAGUCACCCCGGAUUCCAUAACCAGUAAGAGCAUUCCAGCUUGGAGCUUAAGACUCAUUUUCUCCGUGAAAGAGUAUCAGGUCAGAAGUGCGUUUCAACAUGAAUUCCAUGUAAAGUGAAACUGAAACUUUGGUAAUUCCUGAAAAGUUAAACUUACUUGUAUUUUAGGCCAGCACCACUUCCUGUGGACUGUGAUAUUUAAAAAAUAUCUGGGCUGGAUGAGGGCCAUCUUUUCUCUUGAUGUUGUCAUCCAGGUAUUCUUAUUUAAUAGUUUAGUGGUUCAAAUGCAUUCCAAUAAACGAAGCUCCUGUGCAAUGUGUUUAUAGAGUAGUACUAAAGUUUCUUUUUGAGUCUAAGAUUGUCACUUUUUUUAAUUGUAAGAUUUUUUUUUCAGAACACAUCCAAUGGGGGGUCAGUCACUUCCUGGUCUGACCUUUUGACACCCACCCACUGUAGGCUUUCGCCUUUUCUAUAAUAGUUGGCAGCGACAUUUAGAACUUAGAAUCUGGAAUUGCAUUUAAUGAAGUUGAGGUUAUCUUAUUUAUUGGGGAUGGGGAUACAUACUAAGAUACUCGUUAGAAGUGGAGCCUCCCCUUUUCUCCCGCCAUGGAACUCGCUCGUGACAAAGCCUCAGUGACGUCCAUCACUCAUUCUGGGUGACACGCAUCACUCCCAGAUCAACCAGCGCAUCUUACAUGGAACCUGACGAGAGAGGAUGGCGGUGUGUGUAGGCACACAUGUUAAGUGUGCAAGUGAAGUGCUCUUUCUCUUUGGCACAUUUGGUUUGGGGAUAAAAAAAUGGAUUUAAGAAACACUGGUUUCCAUCUGGUGGAGACAGGAGUCUGCAGGGAGGAUGAGGGCUGAAUCCUUUAUAAGAAGAAGAAAGGCCCUCUGCCUGCGCCCGCCCUGCGCCUGGCGAUGGGUGCAGGGACAUCUGCUGGUGGAGGUGAGCCUGAACGUUUCCUUGAUAUUUUCACUCUGGGUUUUUGAAGUAUUAUGGUCAUUUUUUAGAACACGAAUGUUUUAUUCCACAUAAAACCUUCAUAUGUCAUCUUUCAACUGCAUCAAGCUUUGAAUAGUCAUAUGUAAGAAUCAUGAGCUUUUUUAAAAAAAGACUUUAAAAAUAUGUGUAUCAUUUUGAGCUGAAUUCUUUACACAUUAAGUUCCCCUGCUUACUGAGAUGUACAUAGAGGAUGCACUGUAUGUUGUCCAAAACCUGGCUAGUAAUUCUGUUGAGCUUUGCUGUUAUUAUUAUUAAAGUGCUUAAACAUUGCAGGUACCUAAAGAUCAAGUGAAUGUGGCAUUGUGAUGGCACUGCUGAUUGUGAAAACUGUUCCUUUAAAACCCGCGUCUUGCAUGAUCAGUUAAGCGUCCAGCUCCAGCGUUCCCAUUGCAUCUGACAAUCUUAGGGAAGCUCCUCCUGGGAGUAGCUCCGGCUGGCGGGCGGACGGCCUUAGAACCCAGCUUCCUCCAGCUUCCAGCAAGCCAGACGCCCUCCUUCAGAAAAAAAAAGACUCAUAUUUAUUGUGCUUACAGCUGGAAACUCCAGAUGGAGAGGAAACAUUCAAGGCAAUAUCGCCCAACUUUUCCCCUUUUUACAUAGAGGAUGAACGGACAAAAUUUUUAUAGUACUUUUCAUACGCAUGGACAAUGACUCUGGGAAAUGACUGUGAGUCCCCUUCCCAUGUCCAGCUCAUUGGCUGGUUAGGGUUUCUUUUCUUUUUCUUUAAUGGUGAAAAUGGCUUGUUGAGCCUAUUGAAAAUUUUAAGUUAAAGUUUUAAAGUUUUACUUUCUUAUUCUGGAAACUAAUGUGUUUAUAAUCAUGUUCCUAAUUCUUGGGACAACUUGCAAGACAGAAAGUUAGAUUAAAUUACCUUUCCUGUUGAAAAGUUUGAAACUUUGAGAAUCCAGUGAUAUUUAAAAUACAGGAUACAAUAAUUGUUAUAUAAGACUUUUAAAAACUUUGGUUUUAAGGUUCUGAAUUAAAAACAAUUUGCCAUAAA